AAAGUUAUAUUCAUCAAUGUGAUAUUUUUUUGUCCCUUCCAAAUUGCAAUAGCGGGAAAUCUUUCUUGUUGAGUCAGUCAAUCACCAUUGUUUAAACAUUUUUCUCCAACAAUUUCAGCCACUAAAUCCUUAAUUAAACGUAAAUCAUGGGUGAUUAUUCCGACGAUGACGAUGACGCUUUUGUUAACUCUCCCUCUUUUCCAAAUACUCAAAAACCAGCACCGUCAUCAUCGUCUUCCAAACGGAAAGCAGCCACUCCCACCAGCAGCAAAGCUGAAACGUCCAAGAAGAAGAAGGGAGACGACGAUGACGCAGAGGAGGAAGAAUUGCCAAGUAUCAGGUUUCUUACAUUGGACUCGGAUGAUGAUGAGGACGAACUGGUUUCGAAAAAUGAGUGGCGAAUGGUGGAGGGGAGAACGAGAUACAUGAGAGAUCCGCCCACCAGUCCCCCCGAACGAGGUUAUGCAAAUAGAAAAAUUGAUCUGCGAGAGGACAAAGGUGGCAUUGUUUGGUGGCCAAUAACCAAAGUCCUGAAUACGAAUAAGAAGAUGUCUGAUAAGUCUGAAGAUGAAGGGGAUAAUAAACUACGAGAGUUUUUCUGCGAGUUGGCUCGAGAGGUCAAUGAGGAUCAGGAAAUGGGAUCACAACAAUCGACUACUUCUGAUCUCACCCCUCUUACUCCUCCAAUAAUUACGGGAAAAUAUCCCCCUCUUACUGCUGCAGAGAGAUUAAUUGCAGAAACUAAAAUUAGGCAAGCGGGGAAAGAAGGAUUGGAGGUUCCGGGGACAAAGUCGAGGGUUGCGUUCUCACCACCAAAUAUUAACCGGGCAUACGGGUUAUUCGUUCUCGUAGCGCCAAAUACGAAAUGGAACUAUAUUUGUUCCGGGAUUUCUAAUUGUGUGAGAACAAGGUCAACUACUGUGGAACCGAUCCCAAAAUGUCACCUGCACAAAGGAGAACAAAUUGGUUUUGUAUUGGCUCAGUUUACAGAUGGGACCAAUAAGAAAAACGACGUCGUUCUGCAUGUCAUUGCCUCUUUCAAAUAUAUUUAUGGGGAUGAUGAGGGAAAAUCUCAUAACGCAACACGGGCCAUCAUGCUUCAGCAUAUAAACAAGCCAACUAUGGCUUUUAAAUUAUACUCCAAAGAACGUGAGGCUGCUAAAAAACCACCCGCACAAGCAGUUGAACUUGUGGAGCGUCGCCUAUACUUUGAUGACGAAGAUAAACUCCUGAAAGUUUAUUCAGCACGACAGACUGUGACACUCCUUAAACUACUCUUAUGGCCCGAUACUACAAUCAAAGUAAUCUCCCUGAAUGUACAUAUUAACCUUCCAAAUGGUGCUUAUAAGGAAUUGUUGGAGGAAAUGGAUCUGUAUGGUUUGGAAUUGAAGAUUCAUGACAAGCUAUCAUUAGCAGCAGCAACAGCAAUUAACUUGGAGGAGGGUGCGGACAUUCCAUUCCUCCUACAUGCAGAGAAGGGUGAAAGUCUUGGGGCAUUUUUGAAGAGAGGAAGACAGGAGAGAAAAGGAAAGGUCGCUGCAUUAUACUUUGCCUCAAAUCCCUAUAUUAUUUAUGCUGGACAAGCACGUAAUAGUAGCGUGCAUAAAAAGGAGUCUAACGCAGACCCUGUCCUCGCCUACAUAAACAACAAGCCCUCCACCCACCCUGAACCCAAGAUUGUCCCAGUCGGACUUGUACUUGAAGAGGUACAAGUGGGAAUGUCACCUCCACCUUUCUGCCCUAAUAGCAUCUCUUCUAAAACUAAAAAAUUGUAUAAAUCCGGACGAUUUUUCUGCCCAGUCUCACCCUCUUUGUAUCAAUUAGAAGAUCUUUGAAUCAAUUAAAGAUUAAUGCAAGUUUUAUAGAUAAAAAGUCCUGGAGAAUUGUUCAUGGAAUUUUGAUUAAAAAGUUUUUAGUUGAUGUGUACCUAGGACCCAUGUCGUCCGACUAGUAGUGCUGUUUAUGCUAAAUGACAAUUUUUAUAUGAGUUUAAGUUGAAUUGUUGUUCUGCUGGUCUUUGCUAAUGAGAUGUUGAAGUAUGAUUAAAUGAAUUAAAUUGUUUUUCUUAGGUGAUUACUUUAA